AAAACUUUUCAUUUGACGGAAAGGAAGAGCGCAGCUUGAUAGCCUGAAGGACACGCGCCCAGCCUACUUCUACUGCAUCGUUACCACUUUAAUACGGCCUUAUUACUGCGUUAAUACUGCCUCAUUGAUACCGCCUUAUUACUGCAUUGUUACUAUAUUGCUGCUGCGUUAUUCCUCAUUCAUUACUACGCUAUUACUAUAUCACUACUGCAUUGUUACUGCUUUAUUACUAUAUAGUCACUGCCUCAUUGCUGCUUGGGUCCUGCAUCAUUGGUGCAUCAUUCCUGCAGCGGGGCAGGCGUUGCGGACACAUCUGGUCGUCAUCAGAAGGGGCAGCGUCUCUUCCUGCUCACAUGUGACUCCAGCCGUGAGUGAAGACAAGUCCAAGAGGAGCUUUGAGAAAACAUUGCUAAAGUUUGACAACAAACUUGUUGUGUUAUUUUUGGUGUAUGGAUUGACUUUAAGCUCUGAUUGCGGGAACGACGCAGGGAGAAACUUUCGCCUUUUUUCUUCGAGCCUCCAAGGCUCGUAUUUUUUUGUCUUUUGUCCAACGGAAAAGAGACGCCCUGCAAAGCAAGGAUCUAUUUCUUUUUUCAGUUUGGGUUCUUUUUUUUCUUCCCUUCCCUCGCUGUCAUGACGUCCAGUUACACACAUGGAAUGGACCGGAACCGCUUGGAGAGUCCCGUCACCGCCAACCUGGACCACUUGCAAGCCAAGAAGAACUUCUCCGUGAGCCACCUUCUGGAUCUGGAAGAAGCCGGGGAGAUGGUGGGCUCUCAGGCCGACGAGAGCGUCGGCGAGGCCGGGAGAAGUUUACUGGAGUCUCCGGGACUCACCAGCGGGAGCGACACCAACCAACAGGACAACGAGCAGAUGAACACGGAGGAGAAGAAGAAGAGGAAGCAGCGCAGGAACAGGACCACCUUCAACAGCAGUCAGCUGCAGGCUCUGGAGAGAGUGUUUGAGAGAACCCACUACCCGGACGCUUUUGUGCGUGAAGACCUCGCCCGCCGUGUCAACCUCACUGAGGCCAGAGUGCAGGUUUGGUUCCAGAACCGACGGGCCAAGUUCCGCAGGAAUGAGCGAGCCAUGCUGGCCAGCAAAAACGCUUCCCUCCUCAAAUCGUAUUCCGGAGAAGUAACGGCGGUGGAGCAGCCCAUCGUGCCCCGCCCCGCACCACGCCCCAACGACUACCUUUCCUGGGGUAGCACCGCCCCCUACAGUACCAUGGCCGCCUACCCACCCAGCUGCUCCAACACCAACACAUCCCCGGGCAUGAACAUGGCCAACAGCAUCGCCAACCUGCGGCUCAAAGCCAAAGAGUACAGCUUGAACCAGGUGCCCACCGUCAACUGAGAGGGGGGGACAGGCGCGCAGGGGACCCCCCCCCCCGGAACCACUGGACUCCCACAGACAGACUUUAUGUUCG